AUGCCGGCCAUGGCUCCACCCCUGGCGCCCGGCCGGGACCGUGCGGGCCGGGACGAGGACAGCUGGGAGGCACGUGGAGACCGCAAGGCCCGGAAGCCCCUGGUGGAGAAGAAGCGGCGCGCGCGGAUCAACGAGAGCUUGCAGGAGCUGCGGCUGCUGCUGGCCGGUGCUGAGGUGCAGGCCAAGCUGGAGAACGCCGAGGUGCUGGAGUUGACCGUGCGGCGCGUGCAGGGUGUGCUUCGAGGCCGGACGCGCGAGCGAGAGCAGCUGCAGGCGGAAGCGAGCGAGCGCUUCGCAGCCGGCUACAUCCAGUGCAUGCAUGAGGUGCACACAUUCGUGUCCACGUGCCAGGCCAUUGAUGCCACCGUCGCCGCAGAGCUCCUGAACCACCUGCUCGAGUCGAUGCCUCUGCGCGAGGGCGGCAGCUUCAGCGAUCUACUGGGGGAUGCCCUGGCAGGCCCUCCUGGAGCCUCUGGGCCAAGUGGCUGGCCUGUAGGAGGGGCCCCAGGGUCCCCGAUGUCCAGCCUACCCGGUCCCGGGGAUGAUCUGUGCUCCGACCUGGAGGAGGCCACUGAGGCUGACCUGAGUCGAGUGCCUGCUGAGGGGCAGGACUUGGUGCCCGCAGCCCUGAGCAGCCUGACUGCCCCCCGAAUCGCCCAGGGCGUCUGGAGGCCUUGGUGACCAACAUCAGCCAGGGGCCUGUGGGGAUGAGCCUGGCCUUCCCCCAGCUCCUCCCUCUUCCCAGGGGGUCAGAUGUGGCCAGGAGGGCCCUGGAUGUCUCCCAGGUCUGGCCUCCCUCCUCCAUGGAUGGCUUUGUAGAGUAGCUCGGAAGGCCAGCCCAGACAAGACACACAGCACAGCUGGGGUGGGAGGGAGGGAAGGAGCUGCAGGCGGGAGAAGAACCUCAGGGCUACCAGAGCUCUCCCAGGCUCACUGUCCCGCCCACUCAGGCACCUGCAGGGUCUGCAGGCAGAGGUGACCGGAGGUGCUGAGCCUCUCCUUGGUGCUAGGUGCUGUGUCCUGAGCAGGGCCACUCAGGUCCUAGCAGCCUGGGCCCACACAGAAGCUUGACUGCUGCCACUUCAGCCAGGAGACAGAGGGAGGCAGGAGCAGUCCGUGGUGCCGCUCAGAGCUGCCCGGGGAGGCGCAGCUGUGUGUGGUCCCUAGCACGCUUGAGUGUGUGAUUCGGUUGCCAUGAAAUACACCAGAGUUACUAAAUAAAGACUUUUGGAGUUAAUUCCCUUGAAGUAUUAA